AUGGGCACGGCGGCCGUGCACCUCCUGCUGCUGCUGGGGCUGCUGCACGCCGGGCCCGGCGGCGAGGGCAGGAAGGGCUGGCGGCGGCGGGGUCCCGCGGCGCGCGAGCGCGGCGAGGCGGCGGCGGCGCCGCCGGCCGAGAGCUUCCCGCUGGACUUCACCGCGGUGGAGGGCAACAUGGACAGCUUCAUGGCGCAGGUCAAGAGCCUGGCGCAGUCGCUGUACCCCUGCUCGGCCCAGGCGCUGCCGCACGACCUGCGCCUGCACCUCCUGCACAACGCCUCGGUCACCUGCAACGACGGCAGCCCGGCCGGCUACUACCUCAAGGAGUCCAAGGGCAGCCGGCGGUGGCUGCUGUUCCUCGAAGGAGGGUGGUACUGCUUCAACAGGGAGAACUGCGACACCCGCUACGACACCAUGCGGAGGCUCAUGAGCUCCAAGGAGUGGCCCGCGACCAGAGUGGGAACUGGGAUCCUGUCAUCACAGCCAGAGGAAAAUCCCCACUGGUGGAACGCGAACAUGGUAUUCAUCCCUUAUUGCUCAAGUGAUGUUUGGAGUGGUGCCUCUUCCAAGUCUGAGAAAAAUGAAUACGCCUUCAUGGGAGCACUGAUCAUUCAAGAGGUUAUAAAGGAGCUCGUGGGAAAAGGUCUUAGCACUGCAAAAGUGCUGCUGCUGGCAGGGAGCAGUGCUGGAGGAACAGGAGUGCUCUUGAAUGUGGAUCGAGUGGCGGAGCAGCUGGAGGACAUGGGUUAUCAAGGGAUUCAGGUUCGAGGCUUGGCAGACUCUGGAUGGUUCCUGGAUAAUAAACAGUAUCGCAGAACUGACUGUAUCGAUACCAUAACGUGUGCUCCAACAGAAGCCAUCAGAAGAGGAAUAAGGUAUUGGAAUGGUAUUGUUCCUGAACGCUGUAAGCUGCAGUUUAAAGAGGGAGAGGAAUGGAACUGCUUUUUUGGAUAUAAGAUUUAUCCCACUCUUCGAUGUCCAGUCUUUGUUGUCCAAUGGCUCUUUGAUGAGGCCCAGCUUACUGUAGACAAUGUACACCUCACUGGCCAGCCUGUUCAGGAAGGGCAGUGGCUCUACAUCCAGAAUCUGGGCAGGGAGCUGAGAAACACCUUGAAGGAUGUAACUGCUAGCUUUGCUCCUGCCUGUUUGUCUCAUGAGAUCAUUACACGCAAUCACUGGACAGACAUCCAGGUGAAGGGGACGUCAUUACCCCGUGCCCUGCACUGUUGGGAUCGGAGCCUACAUGAGAGCAACAAAAAUGGGAAAGUCCCUCUGAAAGGUUGCCCAAUUCAUCUGAUUGACAGCUGUCCAUGGCCCCACUGCAACCCCUCAUGCCCCACUAUCAGGGACCAGUUCACAGGGCAGGAGAUGAAUGUGAUCCAGUUUCUCAUGCACAUGGGUUUUGACGUUCAGAAGAUGGCACAGCAACAGGGCCUGGAGCCCAGUAAACUUCUGGGGAUGCUCAGCAGUGGUAACUAGGAAGGAAUCCUCUGAGGGGCAGGGAGAUUAGAUCAGGAGGGGAUUGGGGCCCUUCUCCCACACACUCUAAUCUUCUUCCUUAAGCUCAUGCAGGCUGGUGCAUGCUCACCCCCCAUGCAGGCUGAAACCUGUACACACCCACAUGCUCCCGCACUCUUGCACACUUAAGAUGUGUCAAGAAAAAAAAAAGGCGAUUUCUUGCUUACGCAGUUUGACUGGAACUUGUUACCUCCAAACUCCAGGGAUCACUUUUGGCCAUUCACAUCCUCUUCCUGUCUUACACAAGGCAAUCUGAUACAGGGAGUAGUAAAGCCAUAAAUAGCAGCAAUGAGAACCUUCCCCAGAUCUAGUACUUCCCUUGUCAUGAAUUUUACAUCAUAGACUCGGUACAAGUGGUGAAAAAAGCAAGCACUGGAUUUCUUUUGUCCAACAAGAAGUGAAGGAAUGAUUACAUGACUUCCUGGAGGUCAGCAUCUCAUGUUAUAACAUACAAACAAAGGACGUGUGCUAGGGAUGGACACUCUUGUAAUCAAUUUACUUUCGUAUUAUUUUAUAAAAAUGACUUUUUUAUUACUUUUUUAAACUAAGCAAGAAAUAUAAAUGAUAUUGUUUUGUAACAUAUUUUUUUUAAAUAACGAAGGAACCUCUUGCUACUUUGGCAAUGUGGACAUAUUUAUUUUAAUAUGUAAAAUGCUAUUUAUAAGGGCUGACCAGAGAACCAUUCAUAUGUCUUUGUAAAGUUGUAUAUGCUGCUCAUUUGGAUGGGUUUUCCUUAUGAUCACUUGUGCCUGGGAGAGGGCUGAGGGUAGUAUUGACAUUUUAUAUUAAUUAGACUUCGGUGUUCCACUUGCAAUAUGCUUUGUCAUUGUUUCUGUAAUGAAGAGUAUAUGAGGUCUAAGUACAGAUACUUUCACCCAGCACCUGCUGUUUGCUUACUUGCACAGCGUUUUCAGCUUGAAGUUUGUGUUUUGUCAGGUAUUCAGGGGCAGUGUAUUUUAAGAUGCAGAGAGAUCUGGUUUUACAGCAAAGGCCACUAUUCUAGUUAGAGAAAUAUUUGAUUUGAUCAGGCCAUCUGGUCUGUCUUAGAAGGUGAAGCAUUUGCAAAAAAAAAAAAAAGAGAAAACGAGUCAAGAAACAACAUACUGCUAUUCUACUAAUUGUUUGCGAACGUGCCCACCUCAGAGAACAAAUAGAAUCCUCUUUGUAAUGGGAGGUGAACAAGGGAGGGAUCAGGAAUGUGUGGCUGAAGCAUGCACUUCCAAGAGAAAUCUUACCAGAUUAAAAGGGUAGUGCUAUGUGUGAAAUUUGUUGUCAUAGGUGAGUAAAAAAGCAAAAACAAAACAAAACUCCAACCAUUCAGUUACUAGUUACAGACUUCAGCAAACACUCGGGCAGUACCACAUAGGAAAUCAGCAGUCCUGCUGUGCAAGAUGGGGUUUAUUACACAUUUAAGAUUAAAAGGAAAAAAAAAAAAAGUAGCUAAAGACAAAAUAGAUGGUGUUCCCAGAAGAAGAGACAUGCAGGAAAGCUAUCAGUGGAGUUUCCUUAUUAUUAAUAUAGGGGUUACUUAUACUUUUUAUGUUUUAUUGACUGGUGUAAAAGUAAAAUUGUUCUGACUAUAUUUUUUGUGGCACUAAGUUGAGAGGUUUCUUCAGUACAGAGAAUGUUUGAAAAAGCAUAUGGGAAGAUGGGAUUCCUUUGAGGGCUGGAGUCAUGUGAAGUCAAUCAGUAUAAAGUGCUGGUACUUGAGUAGUAUCCAGAAUUUCUGCUAUGCACUAGUUUGUCAGUUGGGAGCAUCAAGGGAAACUGCUGAACUACUACAUCAGUAGUUCACAGAAUGACCACACACAAGAUAAUGCACCUGUAGAUAUGGCAAGUGCCCCAGUCCAUCAAUGUAUUUCUACUAGGAAACAGUAAAGUAUAAAUGCCACUACUUAUGUUAGCAAUAUUUUUUGCAGAGCUGACUAUCUGUAUUACUUAAGCAUUAAAUCAAAGGCUAAUUUCUAAGAGGCUAGGAAUGUUCAGAGGAGAUAAGUGACAUCUAUUUUCCUUGUGAGCAGAGGAAAAAAAAAUCCCUGGAGGUCAGUGAUCUCCUUUAGCUUAGUAUGGCUCUGCAACAGUCUUUCAAAAGGUAUAACAGGAAGCAGAAAUUCCUCAGAAAUAUUAUUAAGGGGGAAUUUGGCUAAUUUAUUAGGAAAAAAAAAUACUAAGUGGUUGCCAGCAGUAGCUGGGAACUGCAAUCUGUAACACAGGUGGUCAUUUCCAGUUCUAUAUUUCUUCUUGUACUUGUGCAAUAAAUAAUUUUUCCAAGCC